AUGCAACUAACGUUUCUGGACUUUGAAGCCGCGUUCGACUCUCCUCACCGAGGCUGUCUUCUCAACGCGCUCCGCGCAGAUGGAGUACCAGGAAAGUUCGUUCGCUUGCUUGAUGACAUGAAUCAACGAACAACUGCUGCAGUUCGAACACCAGCCGGAUGUACAACACCGUUUGAAGUGGUAACUGGAGUAAGAGAAGGGGCAGUGGCAGGACCUUUCCUGUUCAAUUUCGCAAUCGACGACAUUAUGCGAAGAACAGUCGACCAGUGUCCUGUCGACAUUGUCUUAGCACCAUCAGAGUGCCCCUUGACUGACCUCGAGUACGCUGACGAUGUCGUUAUAUUCGCGGAAAGCAGUACGAAACUUCAACAUGUUGUCAACCUUGUAUCGAAGCUGGCUGCAGCUUAUGGACUACGCCUACGCCCUGAUAAACGCAAGCAGAUGUGGAUCUUUUUGAGACCACGAACGGGAAUCAGGGUGGACGGACAACCGACAGAACUCGUCGAUAAGUUCUGUUACCUAGGCUGUACGCUGAAGAACAAUGGCAGCUACGAGAGAGAGGUUCAGCAAAGAUGCGUUAAGGCCACUUCUGCAUUUAACUCCUUAACGAAAUGCCUGUGA